UCUAUAUCGGUUAGCUGACAUGGUUUUCCUAUUUCAGAUCGGGCAUCUACAUAUCAGUUAUAUUUGGGACUCGCAGCUCGUCAAGUCGAAAUGGAUGCACUACUGAAAAUUAUCUUAUUGAUCAGUUUUUUUUUAAUUGCUGUAAGUCUACACUUUACAAUAUGUGAUGAUGUUCCAUCUGCCGAAGCCGACACGGUUGUAACUGAAAGUGAGGAGCACUAUACCGCAUCAGAUGACUACGACAUUUAACGGAUACAUACAGAACCCUAUAAAGCCCAAUCAUGGGUAAAUAAAUAAGUUAUCUUUCGGACAAACCACCACUGACAAGUGGCUUUAUUUAUUUUUAAAAAUUAAGUUCACUGUCACUUGAUCUAUUAAAGUAUAGCCUACAUUUGUGUAGUGAACAACUUGAA